UCCCGCGAAACCUGUAAGUUUUCUUCCAGCUCGCAUGUGUGGUGUUUAACUGAGAGACAGAGCAAGAGCUAAAGUUUAGUUUUGAAUUAAUAAAAGGAAUAGGAAGGGAUCGUUUUAAGUUUAGUCUCCUUAAAGCUCCCAAAACAGCGAUAAAAGUCCCACGAAACGAGUUAAUUAAUAAUUAUUAAAUAACUCCUGGCUAAGACGCCGGAAAACUGCCGGUCGUUUCAUCUGUCGGGGCGUGGAGCUGAAACCGUCCAUUUGGUGGCUGUACAAUGUCGGUUGAGCAAGUAGCCGGCUACUCGCCCAGCUUUAAGAAGCCAGCGGAAAUUCUGAGGCUGCGGAGAAAGCGGACUCGCGGCGCGGCCGGUAGGCUUCCCUCGGAGGAGCUGCCGCCAGCCUCCUCUGAUCAGAAGGCGGAGACCGACGGCCCCGGCCACCAGCAGCAGAGCAAGAAGUGCCGGAGGAACCCGUUCGCCAACAUCGCCAAUACCCGUGGGCUGCCUGCCGAGAGUCCGGGCCCCGAGAGCGGACGGCCUGCCGAGGAGACGGUGCUGAGCAAAGGGGUUCCUCAGGUGCUGCCUUUAGGAGACGAAGAUUCCAUUUUGGAGGCAAAAUUUUUUUCCCAAGAAAUACCAUUUCCUGUACAACAUAAAGAUUCUAGAAUACUACCUGAAUGCACUUUACCUGAAAGCUUCCCUGCUGACUGGAGCGUUAAAACUUGGGCUCUAUUCACAUCCCCUCAUCCUUUUACUUGGACAGAUCAUCUCAAAGCCUCAGAGGAAGCCAAAGGGUUGAUUCAACACUGUCGUUCCUCAAUAGUUGAUUUCCCUUUGCAUAUAGAGGACCCAAAAUCAUGCACAGAUUUACGCUGUGCCUUCCAACAGAAUCUUGUAUACUGGCUUCACCCCUCGCUGCCAUGGCUCUCACUUUUCCCUCGUAUAGGUGCAGAACGGAAAAUGACUGGCAAAAAUAAUCCAUGGGCACAAGAUGAAGAACUCCAGCAAGUACUAAUGAGUGAAUGGUCACUCAGCUUUAGUUCAUUGUAUAAUCUGCUGCGAGCGAAACUUUGCCCAUAUUUCUACUUCUGCACAUACCAAUUCACUGUGCUGUUCCGAGCAGCUGGAAUAGCAGGGAGUGCUGUUCCUACUGCUGUUAUUUCUCCUACAACAAGAGGUCUCAGAGAAGCUAUGAAAGAUGAAGGGAUCACAUUUUCCUUGCCAUUACUGGAAGAUAGAAGAAAUAUUAAAAUGAAAAAAGGUGAAACUACAGAUUUGGGGUUACACAUUCCAGAUGCUGAAACACAGGAGAAAAUCUUGGAUGCUCAGAAGGAACAUGCUGGUAGUAGCGAAGACGAUGACAAUGAUGAUGGUGGAAUAUCUUGGCUGAAAGAGAUGGGUGUACAAGACAAAGUUAGAAAGCCUAGUUCUAUUUCCAUUAAACUUCGUAAGGAACACGCCCUUGUGCGCAUGGAUCAUAAGCCUGAAUCAGCUGUAAUGGUGAAAGGCCCUCAGACGUUUACUUUGUUGAACUUCCUUAUAAACAACAAAACCAUAGUAGCUGGAGCUGGGCCCCAGGCAGGACUCCCACCAACACUCUUGGCACCUGUCGCAUUCAGAGGAGCCUCAAUGCAGACAUUAAAGGCUAGAAGUAUUAAUGUUAGGACACAGCAUCUAUCUGGAAUGAAGGACUCUCACUGCCUUGAGAUCACUGGUCCCAUCAUGCCUCACGCCCUACACAGUCUGACACUGAUGCUGAAGUCAGCACAGAAAGGAAACUUCACAGCCAGCUUUCACUCACAUGAACCAACUUCUGUAUUUAAUGUAGCUCUCAAACUGGAACAUCAUGAAGGCAAGCAGGACCCCUCUUCGGGUGAACUGUCUAAUUAUGGUCUACACCCAGAAACUCUGAAUCAACUAAUGCAACAGCCAACUAUUGGAAAAUCCUCCAUGAAGCAUCUAGAAAUGAAGGACUAUCGGUAUUUGUGGAAAUUGUAAUUGCUGAAAUUCCAGUAGGACUUGUGACUGACUCAGAAGUCACCUUCAUGGAUGUUGAGACAACAUGCAACUAAAUGCUGGAGAAAACGGCAGAUGGAUUUUAUAAAUGAAUGUUGAUUGAAGCAGAGGACCAAAAAAUAGACAUUAAAUGACACAUACCAAACCUAUUUAUUACAUUAUACAUUAGUAUUAGCCGUGUUGUUUAAAAUUGUUUUUAAUGCAUAUAAUAAAUGCAUUUCAAAUUUUUUGUGAUGCUGGGUCAUUACAGGCUAUUUGAAAUAAGGGAUUUUUUUUUGAACCAUUGGAUCAGUGAGAUUCUACUACGGUAAAUACAGUUUCUCUGGAAAUGAGGGGCUAUUAAUGUGUAGGAUAAUGAAUUCUCGAUUUAAAGGAGAUGGAGGUGGAUAGAAUACUAUUUGACUUUUUCAUUAGGGUAAAAUUAUGAGUAUUAGAGAAUGCGUCUAAAUUAUAUUUAGCUUUAUUUUAUCUAGGAGAUUGUUAACAGCUAGUAGCCUUUUCUCGUUAAAUAAUUCCCUGCUAUUGGAUGUGUUAGAAAUCAACCUUGUCAAAUAUUGUGACAAGUAUGAUUUCCAUAUCAUCAACCCCACAAUUUACUGGCAUGCAUGUUCUCUCCAGUUAACUGUAUCAGUAACAAGGUUUAUAUCAGUGUUUAUAUAUUGGUAUAUAUUAACACUGGUAUAAGAAUUGCAGUCAUUUUUUUCAUACACUGCCACAGAGAGAAAGCAAAUAAGCAAACAAAGUUUUAGGGUUGUAUUAAUCUCUCGAAUGUGAGGUUUUGGUUAUUUAGCCUGUGAAUAUAGUGUACAGUUAACACUGAAAUAGGAUGAGGAUUAACUAGAUCUCAACUGAUACAGUUUAAGAUUCUGGCACAUUUUAGUUUGUAGCAAACUGCUUGUUGAUUUAAUCAUAAAUCAAUUUAUAAAGGAAAAUGUAAAGUAAUUCUAAAUCUCAAACUAGAAAAGAUAUACUGUAUAUAGUCAGUUUUUAACUUAAACAAUCUAUAUUCAACAAUGGGCAAAUAUUGUUAUUCCACUUGCUGGAUCCAGUGCCUUUUCAGCUGCAUUUAAAGUGCUUAAUUGACUAUU